CCUCCGUACGUCAACAUGUAAGUGACAUAGGUGGUGAUGAUAAUACGAACUAGACGCCAUGGAUGAAGGGACGUAUAAAACCCGUGUAAGUGGAAAUGCCCGACAUGACACAGCCCAUGGAGAGGACCUGGCAAAAUGGAAUAUAAAAUAGCUCCUUGGGAUGUGAUAUAUUUCUCAUCUUAGCAAUAAGAAACAACCUCAAUAAGCCCUCGAAUAACUAUGUCUGCCCUUUCAGCGCUAUAUGGAGUUGGCUCCGUCAUCUUUUCAAAGGCUUUCGUGAAGCUCCCAGUCCCAAGUGGAAAUCCUAAGCUUUCUAAUCAAACUAUUAUUGUGACCGGCGCUAAUACCGGCCUUGGAUUCGAAGCCUGCAUUCAUCUAUCACGACUUGGUGUCGGGAAACUGAUUAUGGCCGUAAGAACUAUAGCCAAAGGCGAUGAUGCAAGGGAGAGAAUACUCAAUUCUAUGGGCCGACCCGAGUCCUCUAUCGAAGUAUGGCCCAUAGACAUGGAUAGCUACGAUUCGAUCAAGUCUUUUGCGAACCGUGCCUCUCAACUUCCUCGCCUUGACGGCGUGUUAGCUAACGCCGGUGUUAUGACUGCCAAAUUCAGCUUGAGCGAACACAACGAAAAGACUCUCAAUGUCAACGUCAUCAGCACCUUUUUGCUAUACUUGCUCCUCCUGCCAAAAAUGCGCGAAUCUGGGCAGAGUACAGGGCACGUCUGCCGUUAUACGAUCCCUAACAGUGCGCUGCACUACAGUGCUCCGCUCGCUGAGCUGGACCCUGACGGUCCUAGGAUUAUCGACCGGCUGAAUGACCCCCAGAAAGCCAAUAUGGCUGGCCGGUAUGCUCUAACCAAGGUACUCGUUCUCUACGCCGUGCGCGAGUUUGCCGAAAGGACCAGUUCUUCCGGAAAGGGAGCGUGCAUCAUUAAUACGCCGAAUCCAAGCUUCUGCAAGUCUAACCUAGCAAAAGAAUCUCAAGGAAGCCUUGGCUUUAAGAUAUUCGAGAAGCUCUUAGCUCGAUCUACCGAAGAAGGUAGCCGUGUUCUGGUCCAUGGCUUGCUGGCUGGCCAAGAAACCAAUGGUCAGUAUCUGCAAAACUGUCAUAUCGAAGUCCCCGCGUGCCACGUCACUGGGGAAUGGGGUCAAAAGGUUCAAAAGAAGUUUUUCAGUGAACUUGUGGAUAAACUAGAAGAGAUCCAACCUGGUAUUUCGUCAAAUAUUUAA